AUGACCUCGACAAAUUCCCCGUCGUCCCUCUUCCAGGUGUAUCUCCGCCUCCGACCCCCAAUCUCCCAACAACAGGACGAUUUGCCAGAACGUUGCCUGGCUGUAGAGGGGCCCGAUACCUCACAUUCGAUCAAUAAUGGACCCAGCGCUGUGGUCCCAACUCAUAUCACUUUGCAGCCUCCCAGUGAUUCCCGAAAGCGCGGCGUCGAGAGAUUUGGAUUUACUCAAGUAUUCGACGAGUCAGCAUCACAACUCAAUGUUUUCGAAGACACUGAACUACAAUCAAUAAUCAAAGGUGUUUUGAUUGAGCAGAGGGAUGGGCUGGUAGCAACACUAGGGGUGACAGGAAGUGGCAAGAGCCACACAAUUCUAGGCUCAAAGACACAAAGAGGAAUCACUCAGAUGAGUCUUGAUGUGAUCUUCAGAUCUUUGGCCUCCACAAUCAAACCAGCCGACAACACCAUUCCCCCCAUCCUUUUAGCCUCCGUGGCUGCAUCAGACACGUCUGAAUCGCAGAUGUUCGCGGCGCAUACUUUCCUUGAGGCUGUCUAUGGCGAGCCUGGUGCAGACCGUGGAAGAAACUCCAGGGCCCAAACUCCUACUAGUUCUGGAAGGGCCCACACUCCAAUGGCGGUAUGGAAAUCACCUCUCCCAAACCCACUUCAACGAGCCCCAAAGCUAUACCCCCUUGGACCAUGGAGCAUAUCCCAAUGCUUCUAUCAGCCAGGGCUAUUGGCUCAGACCAAUACAAGCACUCUAAGCACCAAUAUCACGCCACGAGCAACAGCUUUGAACGGUCCUAACCCCCCACAAACAGCCAGAAAUGAUCGAUCCAACACCGUUGACUUUCAGUACGCUAACCUAAUUUCUCGAAUGAUAAAGGAACCCACACCCGCUCUUAUCUUUCCCCGUCGCCAUGUGCCUAUGAGGGCUAGCACUUUGCCACGAUCACCGGAUGUGAACCAUCUGACACUCGAAUUGAACCCCCAUUCCGAGUACAUCGUUUUGGUAUCAAUGUAUGAGGUUUAUAAUGACCGGAUAUUCGAUCUUUUAUCGCCUGCCAUUGUGCCCGGCCAGGGAAGUGCCGUUUCGCGCCAGGGAACAUCGUCUCAGAAGGAUCGACGGAAGCCUCUAUUUUUCAAGUCAACUGAAGGAUCCCCUGACCGGAAGGUUGUUGCAGGAUUGCGAAAAAUUGCCUGUAGUACGUACGAGGAAGCAUUGGCAGUCCUCGAAAUAGGCCUUACUGAGCGCAAAGUGACGGGAACUGGCUCCAAUAGUGUCAGCUCCCGUAGUCAUGGCUUCUUCUGCCUUGAAAUCAAGCGAAGAAUGCGAAACAAGCGGACUGGCGAGGAAACUUGGAUAGGAAAUACCCUUACUGUCGCGGAUCUUGCAGGAUCCGAGCGAGCAAGAAACGCAAAAACCGCCGGUUCUACUCUCGCCGAAGCGGGUAAGAUCAAUGAAAGCUUGAUGUACUUGGGCCAGUGUCUGCAAAUGCAGAGUGGUAUUCAGGACGGGAAUAAGACGGCCAUGGUUCCUUACCGACAGUGUAAACUCACGGAACUACUCUUCUCCAACUCUUUCCCAUCGAACAAUUCGUCAACCAUCAACCGGAACCCGCAGAAGGCUAUCAUGAUUGUAACUGCAGACCCAUUGGGAGACUAUAAUGCAACUUCACAAAUCCUACGAUACUCAGCCCUGGCACGAGAAGUUACUGUUCCCCGGGCGCCGUCCGCCGAGUCGAUACUAUCAAGUACUCUCGGGUCGCGAAAGGAAUCUGGUGGGCGCCAAUCGCCACAGCCUGGGGUGGCGGAAGAGCUAGAAAAGGCGUUGGCUGAGAUUCAACGGCUCACAGCAGAGAACGAUAGACUCAAUCUGCGACUGACAGAAGAGGAAAUAUUGCGGGCUGAGACAGAAACUGCACUUAUCGUAAGCGAGGACAGAUGCCUUCUAAUUGAGCAGGAAGUGCGAGAAGAAUGCUGGGUUGAAAUGGAUGAGAGAAUGGAACAGGAGAGAAAAAGAUGGCAAAGCGCGUGGGAUGAACAGACUGGCCGCACCGAUGAUCACAUAGACAAGAAGAUUGAGCUUCUGUCUCGUGGUUUCCAGAUCCACGAAGAUCCGCAACCAUCCUCUGAUGAACGAGUGGAAGAGCUCGAGUUCGAAAACGAUCAGUUGCGCAGCAAGAUUACCGCGCUGGAGCGUGAAUUGAACUGCAGGUCGCCGUCAAAGAAAUCCAAAUCCAAGAACACUACACUGGAGACUUCUCGCAACGCCAAUUGCCUCGGCCGCGAAAGCGACAUUGAAGUAGCGCUGCGCAAGAUGGAUCACCUAAAACUGGCAGACAGCAUGUUCAAAGGUUACCCUGCUGCAGAUUCUCCCGGGAAGAAGCAGAGGAAAAUUUCAACUCGAAAAUGGGAUUUUGCACCAGAGGACGAUCUCGAAGAACUCUGGUAG